AUAUCUCUGAUCUUAUUUUAUUCAUUUUUCUUUCUUUCCAUUUCACUGCUUCUCCUGACUACCCUCCGACUCAACAACCUUUUAUAUUGUGUUAAGGAUACUGAGGAGAGUUUAAAACCCUUUAUUGUCCACUGAGCUCAAGUAACCCAACUGCUACAUUGGACAAGGUUUCCUAUGCACCAAGUCAUGGGAAUCUCUUACCUCAGCCUGGUCUCUAUUCCCUUCAGCUGGACGCCUGGGUCCAUGACAAAACGCUGAUGGCUCGAGAAAACUCACAGGAUCUGUCUCAGAAACUACAUAAGAAAUGGCUAAAGCACCAGGCAUUCAUGGCUGAGCUCUCACAGAAUAAAGGUUGGCUUGAGAAGAUAGAAAAGGAAGGUCAACAGCUAAUCCAAGAAAAGCCAGAAUUGGCUGGAGUGGUAAAAAAGAAGCUUGAGGAAAUUCGACAAUGUUGGGUUGAACUGGAGUCAAGUACCCAGGCCAAGGCUCAGCAACUCUUUCAAGCCACAAAGGCAGACCAGGUGGUGCAGAACUACUCAGAACUUGGCAAAAGGUCAUACCAUUUACAGGAACAGUUACAGCCAGUGGAUCCACUACCUAAUGUUUCCAGUGUUCACACUGAACUCAAAAAGCUUGAGACAAUGGAAUCACAGAUGGAAGAGUGGUACAAAGAAGUUGGAAAACUGCAAGCACAGAUUGCCUCUCUUCCUCUGGAAGUUGCAAGUCAAAAGGCAGUGGAAGAGAAGCAGAAUGAGGUGGGAACCACAAUUGUGCGCCUGAUUGAGCCACUCAAGGAGAGGAGAAGGAUUCUUUUGGCUUCUAAAGAGGUGCAUCAGGUUACACGAGACCUGGAGGAUGAAAUUUUCUGGGUGCAAGAGCGACUGCCUCUUGCUACUUCCAAGGAACAUGGGAGCAAUCUUCAAAUUGUGCAGCAACUAAUCAAGAAAAACCAGAACCUGCGAAGGGAGAUCCAGGUUCACUCCCCUAGGGUAGAAGAUAUUCUAGAAAGGGCGGGGGCUAUUGCCAGCAUCCGAAGUCCAGAGGCAGAUGGAGUGCGUCUUGGGUACGAGAGCCUCCAAGAGAUGUGGAAUGUGCUACGAGAGGAGACAGAAAGAAGGCAGCAGCUACUCGACAUUACCUACCAGGUGCAGCAGUAUUAUUUUGAUGUAGGAGAAGUGGAGACCUGGCUGAGCGAGCAGGAACUUCUUAUGAUGAAUGAUGAGAAAGGGAAGGAUGAACAGAGCACUCUGCAGCUCCUGAAGAAACACCUGAUGCUGGAACAGACUAUUGAGAAUUAUGAGGAGACAAUAGCUCAGCUCUCUAGACAAUGCCGUACCCUUCUGGACCUAGGGCACCCACACAGCGAGCAGAUAAGUAGGCGUCAGUCUCAGAUUGAUCGGCUCUACGUGUCUCUGAAGGACCUGGUGGAUGAGCGGAAGGGACGCCUGGAGCAACAGUAUUGGCUCUUCCAGUUAAGUCGUGAGGUGGAUGAGCUGGAACAGUGGAUAGCAGAGAAAGAAGUGGUGGCAGGAUCUCAAGAGCUUGGACAGGACUAUGAGCAUGUGUCGCUUCUUCAGGAGAAAUUCACACAGUUUGCCACUGAAACAGGCAAUGUUGGACAAGAACGCAUCUCUGCAGUGAAUCAAAUGGUGGAUGAGCUCAUUGACUUUGGCCAUUCAGAUGCAGCCAUUAUUGCAGAAUGGAAAGAUGGUGUCAAUGAGGCUUGGGCUGAUUUGCUGGAAUUGAUGGAAACCAGAUCUCAGAUGUUGGCUGCUUCUCAUGAGCUUCACAAGUUUUUUAAUAACUGCAAAGAAGUGUUAAAUCACGUUGAGGAGAAGAAGCAGAGGUUGCCUGAAGUGAAGGCCCAAGAAGCCAAGCUAUCAGCUGCAUCCUUGCAAAGGAUACUUGGUUCUUUUGAACAUGAUAUUCAAGUUCUUGUUACUCAGGUACGUCAGCUGCAGGAGAAUGCAGCUCAACUGCGCACUGUUUAUGCUGGUGAAAAUGCCGCUGCAAUUGUGACUAGUGAGCAGGAAGUAAUGCGAGCAUGGAAAGAGCUUCUGACAUCUUGCGAGGACUGCAGACUGCAAAUCACUAGUACCACCGAUCGAAUUAAAUUCCUCAAUCUUGUGAGAGACCUGAUUUCCUGGAUGGAGAGCGUUACUUGCCAGAUUAGCACAGGAGAAAAACCCAGAGAUGUGUCAUCUGUGGAAGUCUUAAUGGGUUACCAUCAAGGGCUAAAGAGUGAGAUUGAGGCACGGAGCAAGAGGAUUGCAGACUGUGUGGAGCUGGGAAAGACCCUGGUCCUGAGCAAGAGACCAGAUGAGAUUAAACAGAGCUUGGACAGGUUAAUGGCAAAGAAAAAGGAAAUGUUGGAAAAAUGGGACAAACAUUGGGAGUGGCUUCAACAAAUGUUGGAGGUUCACCAGUUUGGCCAAGAAGCUGGAGUAGCAGAUGCCUGGCUGACAGCUCAAGAACCUGUUGUUAAAAGCCCUGAGCUUGGCAGCAGUGUAGAUGAGGUGGAGCAGCUCAUACGCAGACACGAGGCCUUCCGUAAGACAGCUGCAGCUUGGGAGGAGAGGUUCAGUUCACUGAGACGCGUGACUACACUGGAAAAACAAAAAGCAGAGCAACCUGCAACACCUCUUCUUGGCCGGAAAGUCUUUCCAGACACAACUGAUUAUUCUACUCACCCUUCCCCUCUUUCGCGGCAAACCAUCUAUGAAAAUUCGGAGACAAAAUUGGAUCAAAAAGAAGCUCUUCCCAUCCCUGAUGGAGGCCAGCAAGAGAUCCGAAGGGCAAAGGGAGAGACAAGGGUGGGAUAUGUUCGACAGGAUUUAAAGCCAGAACAUCUACAGCCAAAGAUGAACCAUGUGGAUACAAAAGUAGUAGAUAAAACACUGGCAGCACAUGAAGUAGAAAAGGUAGAGAAGUCUGAAGUCAAAGUUGCACAAAGAAUGGCGACCUUGACUGUGGAAAAACCAGAAAUCAAGGGAAGUCGUCACCAAGAGAGGAGGAGGGACAGGCAUGAAAGGAGAUUGGAAUGGCAAGAGUCUAGUGAGCAGGAGACCCCAAAACAUGAGCCACCAGAGAGAAGGCGAGAUCGUCAUGAGAAACGAUUGGAGCGGCAGGGAUCCAGUGAGCAGGAAACCCCUAAACAAGAGCAGUCUGAGAGGAGAAGAGACAGGCAUGAGAGGAGAACAGAAAGACAGGAUACAAUUGAACAAGACAAUCCAAGGACUGAACCUGAGAAGCAAGGAGGAAAAGCUACUUUGGCAGAUAUUGUGGAGCAGCUACAAGAGAAAGAAGCUUUACAGAACAGCCCUGAUGGCCAAGAUUCUCCUGCCCGUUUACCCAAUGGGGUAGACAAACUUCCUGAAAGAACAACUAGACCAGAUCGUCCACGUGCCAGAGAUCGUCCAAAGCCAAGGAGAAGACCUCGACCCAAAGAUCCUAACCAACCUCCUGGUGAGGCACGAAGGUCUCGUUCAGCCCCAGCACAGAGCAGCGCUCCUCCUCUACCACCUCCCACCCACACCGUUCAACAAGAAGGAUAUCUGUUCAGGAAACAUGAGCUUGAUGGGCCAAGUAAAAAGGCUUCAAAUAGGUCAUGGAUAAAUCUUUACUGUGUAUUAAGCAAAGGAGAUCUUGGGGUCUACAAGGAUGCAAAGAGUCAGAGCUCCGGGGGGACACACGGUGGUGAGCACCUACUGAACCUGCUUGGAUCCUCCUGUGAGAUAGCCAGUGAAUACAAAAAGAAGAAAUUUGUGUUCAAACUCAGGUCAACAGAUGGUAGGGAAUUCCUCUUUCAAGCAAAAGAUGAGGAGGAGAUGAAAACCUGGGUCACUGCGCUAACCACAUGUAUCUCACAACAUGGAGAGAUUGCCCGGUGGAGCCAUAGUCUUGUCACUACCUCCUCCACCGACGAAAGUAACAUAAAGCAGGAGACUGACCGCAGACCCAGUGGAGGGGGUCGGAAAAAGUGAAAACAACGGGGAAGCAAGGAACGUUCCACUGCUAUUCCUUCUGCCUGUGGUGAGAGCUGGAGAAGAAAACAAGCAGAAUGAAUCUUUUCCACACACGGACAGCUAGAUUUCUGCCAUCAUUUGGGACUAAACCUUUAUGUCUAUGCAUUGCCUGGAUUAUUUUAUCCUGCAACUUCAAGUCUAAGGGUUUACAAAUGGUUGCCCUUUCAUCAGUAAACUUCCAUUCUUGUUCAAUCUUGGCCAUACAGGGGCAGAUAUAUUCAGUACUCUAGAUGGAUCUGAUGAACAUGCAUAUCAUAUCUACAGCCACAUUUUUAUAUACAUAAUUACAAUACAAUUAGCCAUGCAUUGGAAACCAGACUUAGGUGGGAACACCCGUUUGAAAACCAUUACAGUGAGCUGAAUCUUCCAGAUGUUGCAUUAAGUCUUUGAGUGGCAACAAAUUAUUUUAAAGGAGAACCAAACCCUUUAUAUUAAAAUCCCCUACCCUACAUAGACCCCCUCCCUGCUC